AUGACUGAUAUUACAGAAAAUAUAUUUUCAGAGCACACUUAUUUACCAAACGAAAAAUCAAGUGAAUUUAUUAAGAAAUCUACAGAUUUAGUAUACUUUAUAUAGUGUUUUCAAAUCAUUCGCAUGAAAUCAAGCCUUUCCGAGACUCUUAAGCAGCUCAAAGCUCAUAAAUUUUCAUUACAAUCUAAACCUGAAAAUGAAGCUGUGUAAAAGUGAUAUAGAGCAUUUAUGGCAAAAUGCAAUAGAGAAAUUGAGAGUUUAAAGCAGCUCAAGAAACCUAAAAACCAAACAGAAGAGUGCCAUCUUAAUUCAAUUAUUUCUUGCCUAUAUUCUCAUAUGUCAGAUAUCACAGACAUCACCAAGCAAAUCCAAAUUUUAAAGCAGAAGCAAUUGGCGAGAAUUCAAGAACUUGAAAAAGCUAGAGCAAAUAUUUUAUCAAAAGAAGAACCCUCAGUAGAAAUACAUCGAAGCAUAAUAGAAAACGUCAAAACCAAUGAAGGACUUGAAGCAGAAAACCAGCAGUUGCUUUCAGAAUAUAAAGAAGAAAACGAGUCAAUUUUAAAGUCCCAACAAACAGCCUAUGAAUUAAAUUCAAUUUUAUCAUUUUUUGCUCAAAAGGUCCUUGAGCAUGAAGAAAUGACUCAGCACAGUAAUAUAUAAAUAGUAUUACAAGAGGCCCAAGAAAGUUUAAGCUACAUGAAAGUUGCUAAUUACCACUUAAACAGUGCAAAUGAGAGAAGUAAAGGACAGGAAAAAUGAUGGAUCGCGUAUUUUUUGACGCUCACUUUUAUUUUGUGGUUUUAUGAUUGGUGGACUUGUCGAGUCGUUUAUAUAACUGAUUAA